CUGCUCGUAACUGCUCGUAACUGCUCGUAACUCGUAGCAUCAUGGACACAGAACACAGAGCUAACACAGAGUGAGCCAACUGCAGCUUUUCACCUGUUUUCAUCUCAAGCACGAGUAUCGGCAAGUGAACAUAUAAUGUCGGAACACGAUGAUACUUUAUUGGAUGAAGAUUUAGGAGACGAAGAAUAUGAUUUGGGCAAUGACGAGGAAGAGGCUCUUUUAGCAGAUGAUUAUGAACUGGAGAGGCAGAAUAGCUAUAAGGGAGAAGAGGAAACAGAUGAUGUACUGGACUUAGGAGUUACCGACGCUCUCGACGACUUAGAUGGCGAAGAUGAAAAUAUAGAAUUUAGUAGGAGCAAGGCCAAUAGAAGUAAUGACAAUGAUUAUUACGAAGACGGAGAUCAUAUAGAGGUUCAGUCAAAGUAUUACAACCAAGAUGAAAUUCAUGAAUACCAAAGCGAACAAGCACGUCAGCACGAUGAACGCUCUGCAAGCGAUAGUGUUAGUACUUCUAGUAAUAUCGGGAAAGGAGAUUUACGAGAGAAGUUGCAGAAAAAUGCAAAAGUCUACGCUGGGACUGGACAAGGAUUGGAAGAUGACGAAUGCGAAGAGGCCAAGGAAAGGAGGAAUAGAUUCCAAAAUGAGAGAACCAUAGUUUCUCCAAAAAUGAAUAACAAUAUACCAGAUACUUUGGAGAAUGUAGUAACAUCUGAACCAUCGAAAUUAGUAUCCAGAGGCCGAGGAAGAGGUCGAAGCACAAGAGGAAGCCGCGGAGGAAGAUUUAAUACGCAGAAUUCGGGAAAUUUUAAUCCAAGAUUCAGCAAUGCGCGCAACUUGAACUUUGAUAAUCAACCACCAGCAUGCAGACCACCGCUACUCGAAGCUAGGCCGCCGUUUCUUCUUGGAGUACCAAACAAUGUCCAAAAUCAACAGAUAAUUUAUCAACAAUCAAAUUCUCAAGUACAACCUUAUCAACAUUAUUCUCCGAAUGGCUCGCUCCAAGGUCCUACACACUUUGCAGAUAACAGACCGCAAUUCAAUCCUAAUCAAUUUCAAGGUCAAGCGGGUCCUCGAGUAAUCAGAUCAUGGUUAGAUUACGGUCCUCGAAUGAUUGGACCAUGGUUGGCAGGAUCGUUACAAGGACCGCCGUACAAUCAUCCAUCGAAUCAGCCACCAUACGUUCAAAAUCAACCAGGUCCUUUUCAAAGUUCAGGCGUGGUCAUGCAGGAUAACCAAACACGACUAAUGCAGAAUAAUCAAGGUCCCUUGUUACAAGGAAAUCUUGGAGGAUCACUGGUUGGAAAUCUUAAUCCAUUAGUACCUGGAACUCCGGCACCGUUGUUACAGGGAAACCAGACGUUACCGCUGCAAGCCUUUCCGCGACAACCUUCUUCCCAAGGACCAUCCAUUAAUCAUCCUAAUGUACAAAUAGCCAAUCAGUCAAUCUCUGAGAAUAGACCAUCUUUCCAAGAGACUCAGUUCGAAAAUCGAUCCGUUUACGAUUCAAGGUCCGGCUAUAACGAUCAAGUACCUACCAGCCAAUUUAAUACUAAUACGUUACCGGUACCGCAACAGUCCUCUUCAAAUGUACCCAAUGUACCUUUACCUCCAGGGCACAAGAUUUUGAUCAAUCCUCACUUUCGAGGUGCCGUUCAAUCGACGAACGAUGCAGCAAGACUUGUGUGGGAUUCUGCUCAACAGACACCUUUGUCGUCUCAGAUUCCUAGUAAUCAGUUUCCACAAGUAUCUUCUUAUCAAAACCAAAGUUCGUAUAAUCAAACCCAGCAAGGACCACCGCAUUACCAACAGAAUUAUCAACAAAAUAAGAGCGAUGACCCUUACGCGUACUUUUCUGACGUGUGGCAAGAAAAUAAGCCACAGAAAAGUCAGAGUGAGUCUCCAAGUAAACACUAUCCUACGGAAAGUAAUUACUCUCGGGAGAGUAAUUACGAAUGCGGUCCUAAAUAUAAGUCGGAUCAAUGGGAUCAGAAAGACAGUUACCAGGAGGAUCAUCGAGGAGUUCACCAGAAUCAAUAUCGCGAUAGAGAUGUGUCAUCCAAAACCAGAAGUGACCAUCUCCCGAAAAGUAGAACCCUAUCCUCAAAUGCAUAUCGCGAGAGUUACGAUCUAAAUCAUGCACAGAAAUCUCCCAGUAACAGACCUGUGAAUACUUCGAUAAGAGCUAGGUUGCCACAAAAACGAGCCUCUGACUCAAUAGACAGACCUCUACGUGACUUGAGUCCGAAGCGAAUGAAACCUAGCAAUAGAAAUCUUCAAGAAGUACGAACAGUGGAUAGUUUAAACAGUGCAAAUAGCGAAAAGAAGGAUGAAGAGAACGAUCCAGAAAUGCAAGAAUACAGAAAAAAAAUGGAAGAACAGAAACGGCUCAGGGAAAAAAUUUUGCGGGAAAAAGAAAAUAGACGAAAAAUGGCUGCCAUGGAAAAGCAAAAUGAAGAAACUAAAAACGAUAAUAAUACGUAUACAUCUAGCGAAAAUGCACAGGAUACAAAGCCCGUGUCCGUAUUGAUGGGAGUCGUAAAAGAUGUUUCCACGAACAAAAGUCAUAUCGCUAUUGGCAGAGGACGUGGUCGCCCUAUUAAUACACAAGCCACAGAGGCUGCAGAGAAACCGACGUGUGUGCGUAUUGUCAGAACAAUACAAACUGUACAAUCCAACGAUGCUGUAGAUUCUACGAAAGACAGUAACUCUGGACACAUCAUUGCCCAGACCAGUGAGAAUGCAAAAAUUUUGAAUGCUCAAUCUGGAACGCGAAGGAUUGUAAUUCAAAAGUCGUUGUCAAAUACGCAGAAGAUUGCCACCAGCAUACAGAAAACGGUAUCGAAUUUGCAAAAAGGUCAGCUGAUAGUACAAAAUAAAACACAAAAUUUGACGCAAAACCUAACUCAGACAGUGGAACAGAAUCAGUCGGACGCACUGAAAAAAUUGACAGCUGUUGGACAGAAGAUCGGUGGUAAUUUACAAAGAAUCGUUAAACAGAAGCCAGCUGGACGUCUGCAGAAAACUGUGAUUAACGUACAAGAAUUAACAAAUGCUAAUACGCAAAAGGUUGUCAUCAAUACGCAGGGUAAUCAAAGAGUUGCCCUUCAAAAAACACAAACUCAACAAAGAAAGUUACCGGAAAUAAAGACAAACAUCGUGAAAAUAGAGAAUUUAGCAGCAAGUACGUCCGAGGCACAAAUUAGACGUAUGUGUCAAGGCAUCGGGACACUUGAGAGCAUACAAAUGGGCGAGCGUAGCGCAACGAUUGUGUUUAAGACGCAGUCUGCUGCCAUGGUGUUUCACAAGAAAUACCAGCGUAAAAUGCUAGACCUUUCGCUGAUAACUGUUCGCCUUAUACCGCAAUCAAGCGGCGCUAAGACCACUGCUACAAUUGUGAAAGUUUCUUAAGUGAAAUAUUUAGAUUAUCUAUUCUAGUAUAUUUCAACCAAAAAGAAUACAUAGUAUAUUCACAUUUAUGUUUACAAGUAAAAAUACUUGAUUUAAGCGAAGCAGCCUGCAUAUAAUUGAACAUGCAUUUCAUAUUUUACAUACUCUUUAUUUAGAAUAUAUAAUAAUACAAAUAUUAGGGAAAAAAAAUAUUUUUGGCUGCAAAUGAAUUGUAUAAUAUAACUUUACUAAUGAAGGUAAAAUAUCUUAACAAUUUAAUUUGUACAUAUAUCAAAUGUAAUGUAUAUUUCAUAUAGAAAUAUACCAUAGUAGAUCUAAUAACAUGCUGUGCAUUUAAGGGCUACAAUUUACCGUGUAGCAUACUAAGCUGAUGAAUUUAUAAUUUUAAAUGCUGAUACACAAACGUGUUAUUAAAUAAAAUAUAAAUCACACUUACAAUCGGUA